AUGGGAGGGAUGGGUGGAGUCCUUCACGAUACUGGUGGCUUUACUGGAGCAUCGUGCAAGGAAAAUGGUCUUGCGGUCAGCAGCUCUGCAGUUCCCGUACCAGACAGUGAUGCAGCUGGUCAGCAUGCUCUCAAUGGUGCCCCUGUAGAAUGUGGGUGUUUCAUCAUUGUUGCUGAUGAGACCUACCACAGUUGUGUCAUCAGCCAACUUGAUGAUGUGGUUGGAGCUGAACUUGGCAGUGCAGUCGUGGGUCAGCAGUGUAAAGAGCAGCGGACUGAGCACACAGCCUUGUGGGGCACCUGUGCUCAGUGUGGUAGCGCUGGAGGUUUGGAACGACAUGAGGCUGAUUGUGUUUGUCAGGAUGUGGAGCAGGUUUCAGUGCGUGUGACUGAUGGGACAGAAGCUCAGGAUUCAGUCUGGAGCGUCAGAGAUCAGAGAUCCAGAGACACACAGGACUCAGAGCUCAGCCUCACUUUACUCUGUUAUACUGACGCUCAGGAUCAUGAAUCCACUGAUCAAACCUCUGACUGUAACGCUGGAGAACAGCAGAUGCUGCAGACGCCGCUGAAGACGUGCUCCGUCAAACUGGUGGACUGCAGGAACCUGAUAGAGAGCAGAGGAGAAGAAACCACCGCAGAGAAAGAACAACAACACAGUGAUGAGGAAGAAGAUCAGAACAAGGAAGAGGAGGAGGAUGAUGAGAAUAAUGGGGAUGAUGAUGAUGAAGAUUUCAUUCCUCCAGAUGACGAAGGCUGUUCAUCUUCUGACAGAGAAACAGACUUAACAUCAAACGAGCAGCUGACGGUCAAGAGUUUCUCCUGCGCCACCUGUGGAAAAACACUGAGUUCACAGGGAAACCUAACGAGACACGAGAGACAACACACAGAACAGAAAUACUUCACUAACACCAGCUUUCCUACCGCAGAAGAGAGGAGACUUCAUUCAAAAGAGCACAGCGGGAAGAAGGAGUUUCACUGUGAACAGUGCGGGAAGGGUUUUUUCUUUCAUUCUAGUCUAAAAGUUCACUUGAAGACUCACGGUGAAAAGUCUUUCCACUGCAGCGAAUGUGACAAGUAUUUAAGCACCAAACAAUCUCUUCUUGCUCAUAAGCGAAUCCACACGGGAGAAAGACCAUACAAGUGUCCUCACUGUGAGAAGAGCUUCAAUCAUGGAUCUAAUCUGAAAACACAUGUGCGUGUUCACACCAAUGAGAGGCCGUAUCAGUGCAGUGAAUGUGGGAAAACCUUUAGGCAGUUAUUUUCUCUAAAGUCACACCAAAGUGUACACUCUGAUGAGAAACCGUUUCAGUGCAAACACUGCGACAAACGAUUCCGUCGAAGAUCUAAUCUGAAUUGUCACGAGAGGAUUCACACCGGAGAGAAACCAUAUCACUGCAGUGUUUGUGGGAAGAGUUUCAGUAAGGUUGAUAAUUUACAAAAGCACAAGAGGGUGGGUCUGAAGAAGGAGUUUCACUGUGAACAGUGCGUGAAGGGUUCUUUCAUUCAUUCUAGUCUAAAGGUUCACUUGAAGACUCACGGUGAAAAGUCUUUCCACUGCAGCGAAUGUGACAAGUAUUUAAGCACCAAACAAUAUCUUCUUGCUCAUAAGCGAAUCCACACGGGAGAAAGACCGUACAAGUGUCCUCACUGCGAGAAGAGCUUCAAUCAUGGAUCUCAUCUGAAGACACAUGUGCGUGUUCACACCAAUGAGAGGCCGUAUCAGUGCAGUAUAUGUGGGAAAACCUUUAGGCAGUUAUUUUCUCUAAAGUCACACCAAAGUGUACACUCUGAUGAGAAACCGUUUCAGUGCAAACACUGUGACAAACUAUUCCGUCAAAGAUCUAAUCUGAAUCGUCACGAGCGGAUUCACACCGGAGAGAAACCAUAUCACUGCAGCGUUUGUGGGAAGAGUUUCAGUAAGGUUGAUAAUUUACAAAAGCACAAGAGGGUGGGUCUGAAGAAGGAGUUUCACUGUGAACAGUGCGUGAAGGGUUCUUUCAUUCAUUCUAGUCUAAAGGUUCACUUGAAGACUCACGGUGAAAAGUCUUUCCAGUUACUGUCAUGUAACCUACCCAGAGUCAGUUCAGUUUUGUCACUUCAAAGUCCUUCAUAA